AUGUUCAGUCCUUCCCACAGCAGGGCCCGGAGAAGCCUAAAGAUGCUGUGGGUCCUCGUCAUGUUGCUGGGCAUAGGAACGGAGGCAUCGGCUCCUGGAAUAAAAGCAGAGGUCACUCUGAAGGGCCUGGACUAUGGGAAACAGGUUGGGAUGGAAUUUCUGAAGUCAGCCCUGCUGCAGCUGUCCAUCCCAGACCUCCAGGGCUCCUACUCCAUCCCCCUAGUGGGCCAUGUGGAGUAUGCAAUGACAGGGUUCCAGGUAAAGGUUCUAAAUCUGGGAGAGUCUUUGAUUGCAUUCGUGCCCAGCUCAGGGCUCAAACUAUCCAUGGGUCCUGCGGAGGCUGAAAUUGACGGUCACUGGUCUGUGGUGGUAUCAUUAAUACAUGACAGCGGAACCUUCAAGCUCCAUGUGAGGGACAUGACCCUGGCUGUGCAAGUAAAGGUGGACUGGGAUGGUGCCGGGCGGCUGGUUGUGAGCUCUGAGGGCUGUAGCAGCCACAUUGGGAGCCUGGAAGUCACCUUCCACGGGGGAGCCAGCUGGCUCUAUAACAUCUUCUUUGGAGUCCUGGAGGAUCCCAUUCGAAAGCAAUUAAACAGCAAGCUGUGUGAAAAGAUUGGGAAUGCAGUGCAAACUCUGGAACGAACAUUGCAGACCAUCCCAGAAUCCAGACAUAUAAGUCCCCUUGCAGACUUGAACUGUUCUCUGGUAGUAGCACCGCUGAUUACAGAGCAAAGCAUUGAACUGGAUUUUAAGGGUGAAUUCUACAGCCCAGCCAGCCAUAAGGAAUUCCCAGUUCCUCCCGCUCCAUUCUCACUUUGGAAACAGAAUGACCGCAUGCUGCUCUUGGGUGUCUCCGACUUUGUGGCCAACUCAGCGGCCUUCGUUUACUACCAGGCCGGGGCGCUGUCCCGGACCUUUACGGAUAGCCAGAUCCCCAAGGGGUUUCCCAUACGCCUCAACACCGAGAGCUUCAAAACCCUUGUGCCGGAGCUCCAGAAGCGAUUCCCUAAUACAACUAUGGCCCUGAAGAUCUUUGCUCGCCUUCCCCCCAGCCUCCGAUCUCAGCCAGGCACUUUGCAACUUCUGCUGCCCGGGGCUUUGCAGGCCUUCGUUCUGCCCAACGCAACCUCGGCCGUACCAGUCUUCCUCUUGGAUGUGGAUACCGAAGCCUCAGGCCAGGUCUUUGCUUCUGGAAAGAACAUCGGGGCUUCUCUGAAGCUGACUAACUUCAGCCUGACCCUGGCUCAUUCAGAUGUGGGGCCUUUCCCGGUUGACAAACUGGAGACUUUGAUGAAUAUUGCCCUGAAGUCAGCCAUACUGCCUAGGAUCAAUAGAAAACUCAAGAAUGGCUUCCCUCUGCCCACUCUGCCCAAGGCCAGCCUUCAAGAUAUGGUCAUCAACAUCCAAGAGGGCUUUUUGGCCAUUGCCACAGAUGUCCAUUAUGGAGCCUGAAUCUGCCUGCUCUGGAAGACCUGUCCCUCCCAGUGGCCCAAGCCGGUGCUUGGUCCCUAUGUGCUUUGGCUGUGCCUGGCUCCCUCCUUUUUUUGUACCUGUCUGAAUCCUACAGAAGCCAGCUUUCAGGGCUGGAGAGAGUGGAGGUCUUGGGGGCCUCAGGCUCUCCCCUGGGCAACAUGGCCUCCUUUAGGGAUCAUCUGCUGCUCCUGGGAAUAAAUGCCUAGCCAAACUGUCA